AUGGGUAUCCCACGCUUCUACCGGUACAUGUCGGAGCGGUAUCCGCUACUGAACCAACCUAUCUCGGAUGUGUCGCUGUUGCCUGAGUUCGACGCCUUCUACCUCGAUAUGAACGGCAUCGUACACAACUGUACGCACUCGGACGCGGCAGAUGACGCGCUCAACUCGCUGUCUUUAGAGGGCCAACUGCACGGCAUCUUCACGUAUCUAGAUCGCCUCAUCACGCACAUCAUCAAGCCCAAGAAGCUCGUGUACAUCGCCAUCGACGGCGUCGCCCCACGUGCAAAGCUCAACCAGCAGCGUUCGCGUCGAUUCCGCGCCGGUCUGGACCGUCAACAAGCCAUGGACAAGGAGAGACACAUGCAGAUCAAGCUACAGGACGAGAAAGACGGCCACAAGGCGAAAUCGGUGGCCAGUAAGUUCGAUUCCAACUGUAUCACGCCUGGUACCGAGUUUUUGAGUAAACUUUCGCAGCAUUUAGUGUAUUUUGUGCGACAAAAGAUGAAAUCGGACCCUCUGUGGGCCAGACUCGAGGUCUUCUUUAGUGGCAGUGAAGUGCCUGGCGAAGGGGAGCACAAGAUCGUCGAGUUUAUCCGCCAUAGGAAGAUGACGGACGACUACGAGGCCAAUCUGCGCCACUGUAUGUACGGCAGUGACGCAGAUCUGAUGCUGCUAGGGCUGAUGACCCACGAGCCACACUUUACACUCGUGAGAGAGACGGUAGUGUGGGGCAGUCACCAUAAGAAGGUCGCAGCCAAGCAGAUCGAGGAGCAGCAGUGGCAACUGGUGCAUCUGAGUCUCUUCCGAGAGUAUCUGAUGAUGGAGAUGAGGGUCCAGUCGCCACUGGAUGGCGAACGCAUGCUGGAUGACUUUAUUCUGCUGACUUUCUUGCUUGGAAACGACUUUAUCCCUCACAGUCCGACGCUGGAGAUCAGUGAAGACGCCAUCCCGUUGCUAUUGAAGGUCUAUCGAGAGCUUCUGGAGACUCAUCAGGGCAGUUAUCUGACGCUGAACGGGAAGAUCACGAACGUCAAGUUGCUACAGGAAUUGUUCCAUGUUAUUGGCAACCAAGAAGAGGAGAUCCUGAUCAAUCGCGCUAUGGAGGAGCAGAGACGUUCCGGACGACGUGGUGGACGUCAGCAGUCCAAGCAACAUGAUGUGGACGCGACAGAGGUCCAGAAAGCCAUCAUGGCCUUACGAGACGAUGACGACGAUGCUCCGCCUCCUUUACUAGACGAUGAAGACGAAGAAGAGGCUGAACGGGCACUGCUAGAAGCUCUGGAUGGCCCCGAGGAAACGAAAAUGUCGCUUGAACUCGAACGCAGUGAUCGUGAGGUCCUCAUGCUGGCUGGAAGCGAGAGUUUCCAAGAGACCAAGUGGAAUUAUUACGCGAGAAAGUACGGCAUCCAGCGAGGCAAUGGAGAUGCAGGUAAUAAGGAUCUGGAGCAAGUCAAGAAGGCGUACAUGGAGGCAUUGGUCUGGUGUCUGGCCUACUAUUUCCAAGGUCCCCAGUCGUGGGCGUGGUACUACCCCUAUCACUACGCACCCAUGGUCUCGGAUCUUACAGAUAUCGAGGAGAUGAUUGGCAACGUGAAAUUCGACGAAGAUCCGUCGAUCGCCGGUCCGUUGCUGCCGUUUGAGCAGUUGAUGUCGAACUUACCAGCCUCAAGCUCCAACCUUGUACCGGAAUCAUACCGGUUUCUUAUGGUAUCGCCGGUGUCGCCGAUCAAACAUUUCUAUCCAGAGACGUUCGCUAUUGAUAUGGAAGGCAAGCGCAACGCGUGGGAAGGGGUGAAUCUGCUGCCGUUUAUUGAUGUCGCACUGCUGAAGCAAGCUAUAGCGCAGUUUUGUCCUGAUUCCCAGCUUACUGAAGCCGAGAGACGACGCAAUAAGCUGCAGCGCUUGCCUAUUCGGAUUGUCCGAGACUUGACAGUGUUGGACACGUUAAAGUCCACUUUACCUGGAGUUGUGGGCUUCCCGGACGUGCUCUACUGCAACACUCGCGUGGAAGAAUACGGGCUGCCCUCUAUCCCUGGUGGCGAGUUCAAGAGUAAACUGAUGGAUGGUGUCGUGUUACCGCUUGCUGGCUUCCCGUCACUGUACACUGUGACUUUGGAGAGCACGCGGAUUGCUAGUGUUGGCUUGAACUGCUUCGGUAUGAGCUCACGCAAGUCCAGUCUCAUCCUUCAGCUGCCUGCUUCAGGCAAGUUGAAUGACAACGACAACGCUACGGCUGACGAAAUCAAUCCGCGUGAACUGCUGGGUACGACAGUGUUAGCGAAUUGGCCGAACCUUCACGAGGUGCUAGUGGUGGGUAUCAGCACGUUAUCCGGGGAAUAUCGUCUCAAGCAGUCCAGUCGCAAACACAACAACAACAGACGUACACAGAGCGAGGCUGUCUUCACGCCGUAUGGAGCAGACGAGAAGAGUGCGUGGGCGUAUUAUGCACAGACAGAAGUGGUCAAGUUGCUCUCUGGUCGUGGCAUCCCCGGCAGCGGAGGGAUCGAUCUCGGCAGGACUGGAAUUACUAGUGUACUGCACGUCUUGCCGCUUCAAGGUAUGGUGUCCAACCCUCUUACAGGUGCCAUCGAGAAGAAGUUUGGAGAGACCGAAGCGCUCGUGCCAGCUCAGCUCACAGUUCGUGAUCGUAAGCUGCUGGACGCGCGGUUCGAAGAGACUGAGACGCUGCCGUUGAACGAGCGCUUCCCUGUCGACUCGAAGGCGCUGAUCACACGUGGCCAAUGGCUCGGGUGUACUGCUAUUGUGCGCUCUCAAGAUGAAGAGCAGCACACUGUAACGGUCCAUCUGAACACGAUCGAUCAGGAGCCUCCGUUCGGCUACGUUAUCGUGCAGAAGAUCACGGAUCGGUACUUCCCCGGCUACUUGGUGGCUCAGAAGCUCGGUAUCUCGGCCUCUACGUUGGGUUUGAUCACUGGGAGUGUGAUUAUCAAGCCUCUUGGAGCUGAUAUUGGACUGAAUAUCCGUUAUCGCAAGGAACUGCUACUUCCUGGCUACUGUAGACUCGUGAAUCGCGACAAUAGCAACGUCAACCCGAGCGAUGAUAGCAAUGUGUGGAGAAAAGGUGACAUUGUCAAGAUUGUCGGAAGCAGUGGCAGUAAUGGCAGUGGUGAUGCACCGUCUGGCUCUUCUCCGACGAGAAAUGGUAGCAAUACGGCGUGGGAGUACACGGAGCGUGCAGUGCAGCUGAUUGCGAACUUCCAAAAGGAGUUUCCGGAGGUAAUUCGCAACCUGAGUCGACUACCGUUUGCUACGACAUAUCAAGGCAAGGAUGUGUUUGGUAUUGACGAUGUGGGACGUGUAGAAGUGAAGGCAGAAGCCGUCAAGCAGUGGAUUGAGCAGCAGCAUCUGGGUGCUAGUGAACACUCGAAGCACAUUCCCAUUACGUCCGAGUACAUUGCUCUUAAUGCUGUCCGUGCCAUGGAAGCUGCUGGAACGUUACGUGCGAAGGAGCGCGCCAAGGCUGCUGAGGAGCAACGUCGUGCUCCUGUUGUUGCAACAGUGACCGCUGCAGAUCUGUUCCGUCCCAACCCGUUGGUGAACCAGGAUCUAACAGGACAAGAAGUAUCGCAGCGCUCGUCUGUGAACCGUGGAGCUCCGAAUCUCGGCGACCGAGUGAUCAAUAUCAGUGCGCGUGGCGUGCCGUUCGGUCAUCGAGGUACUGUGGUGGCUACACAUGUGAGUAGUAGAUGUGUCGAGGUGCUGUUUGACGAGGGGUUUACGGGUGGCGAAGCGCUAUACGGAACGACGAGUCUGGAUCGCGGGAAGAUCGUGGCUUGGAACAACUUGCUCUGUGUGUCGGUUCCUUCUGGAGCUAAGAAACAGAGCUACAAUACUCGCUCAAGGCAAGGACAGAAUGGAAAUACUCAGAGCAAUAGUACUCAACGACGCACGUCUAGUGGAGUGCCAGUCAUCAGCACGAACACUCGUGUGGCCAAGAGACUUCUCAAGCCUAGUGAUAAAGCUCCUGCUACAGCCCCGACCCCGUUGGUGCCUCCACCACCUCCAAUUCCGAGUGCGAUGCCGCCUCCGCCACCUCCCGAGAAGAUCCAGCAGCUCAUUCAAAAGUGGAGUUUUGACGGCGAAGUCGCUACUGAAGCGAGUGUACAGUCUACUGUAACACCGCAGCCAGAGAACGCGACUACAGAGGAGAAGCUCGCUCCAUCUGUCGCAGCGUUUUUCUCUGCUGCUGAGACUGGAGCUGCUCCGGUGGACCCUUUGAUGGGCUUGUUCCCUCACCAAUACGCUAAUAAUUCUCCCUCUCUUUUAACGCCUCCACUACCGAAUGGCGCCUCUACGUCGCAGUACACGCCAACGUACUACCCGACGCAACCUCCGAUGCCAGGACAACAGCCGCAUCUUUUCUUGAUGCCUGACGGCUCAAGAAUACCCUCCGCUUGGAGCUGCGUCUUCACUGAAUGCUAA